AUGAGAAUGUACACAUCGGAUUGUUUUGUCGCCCGUUUGCUGGAUUUGCCUAAACUGUUUCAUCCAGAUUUGGUGGCUGUGAAAGUGGCAGUCUCCUUUCUCCAGUUCGAAGACAUCCUGCCGGGAAUGAUACGGGUCAUUGGUGUAGAUGUGCAAAACCCUUGCUUAUUUGCAACUGCUGAUGAGGCUGUUGUGGACACUGAUGGGCCUGAAGACCACAGUCCACAACAUUCAGAACAUGGCGUUUCUUCACACCUUCAGGAUAGUUCAGGUGGAGUUGAUUUUCUGGCUUUGUUGGAGGCUUCGGCGGAACCACGUCCACCGAAACAGAGAAAGACCACACGGUCCAAACUGAAAAAGAAAACCGAGGGCACAAAUGAGCCUGACGUUAGCAUUGAGGAAGCUCUUGGUGAUUUUUUGCUGGAUGACCUUUCUGUCACUACAUUUUUGUCAAGGGAAGAGAUUGAAGGGUUGAAACAUGUGCAGGGCCUUUGUGCAACCGCUUCCACUGCAAAUGAUUUAUCUGAAUGGAGGCCCAAUGCUGUACCCGAAGAUGCAAGUAGUGAAUCUGGUGAUGAACAGGUAGAGGAAGCAUCUUUGGACGGAGACAAUUCUUUGAAUACAGAUGGCUCAGAUGUGAUGCCAGCCCGUGCGUCAAUGUCAAUGUCGCCAGCGUCUAGUGAAGCCACCUUGGCUUUUUCACCGACACGCCGUAAGGCACGUGGCCAGGCUGCUUCUCCUACACCCAGGACACCGCAGCGCUUGCGCAGGGCCAAUGCUCAGUUCUUUUCCCCAGAGAAGACACCCAUGAAGUCAGCUUCGAGGGUUGGAUCACCAACGGCAUCGAAGUCACCAAAGGCAUCUAGCCCCAAGAGCCAGGGAUCAUCGCCGUCACCGACAGUCAUGAAAGUUAUGAAAGACAUGAAGGUCUUGAAUUUGUUUGGGAAGUUGAAGAAGAAGCAGAAGAAGGGAUCUAGCAAGUCUUCUACCUCAUCUACCCCCAUGAAAGCGUUCAAGAAGCCGGCAUGCAAGGUGGUGAUGCGCAAGAGCAAGAGGGAUCUUUGGUGGCACGUGCGGGCCAAGAUUGACCAUGACUGGAUGGAUGUGUGCGGGUACAACAAGAGUUUCAAUACUGGGCCGCCGUGCAGCUACCGGACGUCCCCUAGCUGCAGCCAUGUCAUGUCCCUGUUCCCUUCUAGCAUACUGCAAACUUCAAACUUCGAUCGAUGUAAUUAUUGCACGUUGCCUGUCAUGCCGGCAGCGAUGUCGAAGCCAGCAGAGAGUUGCAAGUUUUGCCACAAGCAAUUCGGAGUUGAUCGAAACCCUACGAUCAAGAAUCCUGGUGCUAGUGACCUUUUGGCACGCAGAGCCCCAGGGUCAAAGGAAUGCAAAGUUUGUUUUGGAUUCCUGAGAAGUGGCGAUUCCAGGUUCAGUCAAUUGACGCGGACCGCUUUGGCAGAUGCUUUGAAAGAUCCUGCUGAACAGAGCAGCUUUGACUCCGAGUUGAAUCGCUGGUGUGAAGCACGCCGGGAUGGCAAACGACGCCGAGGCGAUGAGACAGAGACGGCCGUGGUGGAAGAUUCCACCUCUUUCUUUACCAAAGAGGUUCUUGGGUACAUGUGGCCUGUUAGCCUUCUCAGAAAACAUGAUCGAGCAGUGCCCAAAAAACUACAGAAAGGUCCCAAAGCAGGAGGUGAGGAAGACGAAUGGUACAGCAUGAUGUGGGGUGAUCAGAAAUUCAGCUCCACCACCAAAGGAGGAUCUGAGGACGAAGGUGGUGAAUCAGCUUGCAAGAAGCGCAAAGGAUCAUCAGCAUCAGCACGAAAUCGUCAGGCCAAACCCUCCGUGCCAGCCUUUGAUGGCUCCACUGCAGAUUGCCAAGAUGGAUCUUCUGGUGGUGGUGGUGGGGCAUCUUCCAGUGCAGGCUCAAUUGCUGGUGGUUGGUCCAUUCCUUUGGCCAGAUCAUCAGCUCCGGGAAAAUCCAAGAAGGUUGCACAGGAGCACAAGGAGCUGGACAAGUGUGAAGCCAUUGUGUUACAAGCACGGCAGAUUAAAACACAAAUGGAAGACAACCGCAACGUGAUGCAGGUGACAUUGAAGAAGGUCAAUGACAUUUUGGACAAGCUCAGCAAUAGACUGACCGACGAUGCCACAAAGUGUUUCAUUGAGAUCAUCAGGCAAGAAGGAGCUGGAUGCCGUGCCGAAGGUGUCUGGCAACAAUUGACUGAAUCAAAGACGCUUGUGGCAGGCAUAUCGCAGUUUGUUGAAGCAGUUCAAGAUGCGGAAGCAUCACCAGAAACGAUCAGAGAUCGCGCUCAGAACAUCAAGUCCUUAGGGGUGAAGCUUCCAAGGAACAUCAACUCUGUCAUCUGCAGACGUGCUGCGGAAGAAUUGAUGUUCAGUGGUGAAAUGGACAAAGUGUUCGAGUUCCUGGACCCAAACGCCAAGGACGACCAUGCUCAUGGGAUUUGCUCUAUUCUUCCUGACAAUGACUUGAUGGAUGCUGCUCACAUGGACAAGGUGACCAAGGACUUCCAAAUUUUCUGUUUGACUGAGCUGAUCAACAAGACCCUGCUGAAAGAGGUCGAGCCUACGAACGGGGACAAGACGGAGCAGAACGGGAACUCUGACCACAAGAUGGCUGAGUGCGUGCAGACCUUGAGCAAGUUGUUGAAGGCCUUUCAGAAAUCCAGGAUCUAUGAGUUUGUGGCGCCCGAAAAAUCGGCACUCCGGGAUGACAUUGCUCGUUUGCUGGCCCUUUGCUCUGGGGCUCUUUCCACUGAGAUUGACAUGCCUUCACCGAGUGAUACUGAUGCACUCGAAGCAGCCAAGCAGGCUUUGACCAAAGGGAAGGGCACUUUCACAGCUUGUUUGACGAUGUACCCUGCCGGAGUCUACAUGUGCUCCAAAGUAUCCAGCGUCAUUACCCAGUGUCGAAAAGAUCAAAUUCUUCAAGGUGAGAUUGAGAGUGCGGCAGAGUUUGCCCAGUCCUUCAAAAUCAAAUCCUACCUCGACAUCUCCAAGACUAAGGAUGGUGACCUGGAGCUUUCUCUCCCGACUCCAGGAAAGUUCUUUGACAUGGUUGCCAAGUUCAGGUCUUUUGCAGAUUCGGGUUCAACGACUUUGAAGGAGUCGAAGCGAGCUUGUGGCCACGCUGUUCAAGAACGACUUCAAGAAUUUGAUGUGGCCUUGUUCCAGUUUGUCGAGAAGAAGUUCGAGGCAAAGUUUCCCCAGUUGGAUGCCGGAUUGAAGUCAUUGGCUUCUGGCAGCAUUGGUGACGAAGCAGCAGCUCUAUGUUUGCAAACUUUGCAAGGCAUUGCCAGCUAUCAGCCAGCCAGCAAACAGAUCAUUACCAAGGUCCUUGGCAAAGAGGCAGCUGACUUUGAGGAAACCAUCUCCUCUGCGAGUAAGCUUGCUGGCCUCUUGAUCCAAGCUUUGUCACAGUUGCGCCUGAUCCACAGCGAGUCUGUGAAUGAAGCGGUCUUGAUGAAUACCAACGUUGUCUCAUUGUUUGCGGCAUUGAAUGACACGAAGAUCAUGGGCAAUUUGGAGAAAACCGUGAAAUCUUGGGUGGCACCUUUCAAGGAGGUGAAGGAUUUCAUUGAGUCUUCAGUGGGGGCAUGGCUUGUGAAAACUACAUCCACUUUCCGCCCAUUCAUCAAGAUGUUGAUGCAUGACGAGAUGGGCAUCGACAGUGUCAAGUCCAUGUUGCGCACAGAGAUUGUUGGCACCAUUGAUUGUGAAUCUGAGGACAAGGAGACGGAUGGAAAAAGCGAGAUCGGCUUUACCAACAUCUUUGCGGCCUAUGUCAACUACUCACAGGAGGUCAAAGUGAAGAUCGAACUUCCCCCAAAGGAGACUGAGACGGGUGACCAGCAAAAGGUUGAGGUGGAAGUUCACAUGGGGUUCUUGUGUCUGGCUGGUUCUUUGCUUCAGUUGGCCAAGUACGUGACCCUGUUUGAUCAGAAGCUUCGGCCAGAUGAAGGACAGAAACCUUUUGCGGAAAUUGUCUUUGUGGAGUUUGGUCAGGUGAAGGCCAAAGAAAAGCCAAGUGUCGUCUACAGCUUGGAUGGGAUUGUGCCUCAGCUCAGUCCUUUUUUUGGGAUGGUCUCCAAAGCUGUGACAUCCUUCCAACAGAUCAAGGACAAGAUGACAGGAGGUAGCUCUAUGGAACAGGAGCAAGCCUUCUUCAACCAUGUCAUGGGUGUUUUUGGAUCCUCAUUGGCGUUGGGCUUGGAGCGAUGCAACUCUGAGCUAUCUUCUGCAGCAUCGCUGCUGGAGUCUAUGUUUGCCAAAGUCAAGGCAGUGCAUUCUUUGCCCGACUUGUUUGUCAAGCUGGAGCGUUCGUUGAUUGCAGCUUUGGUGUGCGACGCCAACGUGCAGCAGAUGAUCUUCAUCGGAACAAGGUGCAGCAAAAUUUGCAACCAAGUGAAAGAAUUCCUAGAGAAGCUUCGGGGUUUGCCGAAGCCCGAGGUCUUGACAUCAUCUUUGACUUCGAUGGUGGAGGCUGUCGGUGCUGACCUAUUCGAGUUCAGCAACAACCAGCGUGAGAAAUCCAUGCCAGCCGACAACAAGUUCCGGCUUGCCAAUUUCAGCUGGUUUCAAGGCUCUAUGACGUUGGCACAGGUGUUGACGAGGGAACUCACUCCUGGAGAAACACGUCUUGGUCUUGCCAGCCGUUGCGUCCAUCUAUUGAAGAGCCAGGGAAUGGGAUGUGAACCCAGUUUGAUGAAAACUGCACAGCAGUUGCAGGUUGGAAAGUGA